UGGAGGAUGCACUCUCCUACCUGGACCAGGUGAAGAUUCGCUUUGGCAGUGAUCCCGCCACCUAUAACGGGUUCCUGGAGAUCAUGAAGGAAUUCAAGAGCCAGAGCAUUGAUACUCCUGGUGUAAUCAGGCGGGUUUCUCAGCUGUUUCAUGAACAUCCCGACCUCAUUGUUGGAUUCAAUGCUUUCCUCCCUUUGGGCUACAGAAUAGAGAUUCCAAAGAACGGGAAGUUAAGUAUACAGUCGCCACUGGCUAGUCAGGUGUCUUCAGAGCCUGUUCCAAGUGCUCACCCGGGUGGUGGGUUAUUGUUACAUUAUUGCCAGGAGAAUUCCCACAACCACAGUGACUGCUCUGAAGACUUCCGGCAGCAACUUCCAUACAAAGAUGAUAAAUCUCAAAUCUCCUUGGAAUCUGAUUCUGUAGAGUUCAAUAAUGCAAUAAGUUACGUGAAUAAGAUCAAAACACGUUUUCUUGACCAUCCUGAAAUCUACAGAUCAUUCUUAGAAAUUCUUCACACUUACCAGAAAGAACAGCUGAACACUAAAGGCCGACCCUUUCGAGGCAUGUCGGAGGAAGAAGUGUUUACUGAAGUAGCAAAUCUCUUCAGGGGACAGGAGGAUCUACUCUCUGAGUUUGGACAGUUUCUCCCUGAGGCUAAAAGAUCUUUGUUCACAGGAAAUGGGCCAUGUGAAAUGAACAGUGUCCAGAAAACUGAUCAUGAAAAAAAUCUGGAACAUAGUAAAAAGCGAUCCAGACCUCUACUGCUGCGUCCUGUUCCCAGCCCAGCAAAGGUGACAAAGGUUGAGGAACUGUCCCAGACUGAGGUGUCAGUAGAGAAGGUUGUGGAACAAAUUGCUAGAUUAAACAGUAAUAAGUCACCAGGACCAGAUGGUAUUCACCGAAAAGUUCUGAAGGAACUCAAAUAUGAAAUUGCAGAACUACUAACUGUGAAGAAAAUGAAACUGCGAGGUACCAAAGAUCUGUCAGUUGCGACAGUGGGAAAAUAUGGAACGUUGCAGGAGUUUUCUUUCUUCGAUAAGGUGCGCAGGGUACUGAAGAGUCAGGAAGUGUAUGAGAACUUCCUCCGCUGUAUAGCACUCUUCAAUCAGGAGCUAGUGUCAGGCUCAGAGCUUCUCCAGCUAGUCACCCCAUUUUUAGGGAAAUUCCCAGAACUCUUUGCACAGUUCAAAUCCUUCCUUGGAGUGAAAGAGCUUUCAUUUGCUUCUCCGCUGAGUGAUCGAUCUGGGGAUGGAAUGAGUCGGGAAAUUGAUUAUGCUUCCUGCAAACGCAUAGGAUCCAGUUACCGGGCUCUUCCAAAAACCUAUCAGCAGCCAAAAUGCAGCGGAAGAACGGCCAUUUGCAAGGAGGUGUUAAAUGACACCUGGGUGUCGUUUCCAUCUUGGUCUGAAGACUCUACGUUUGUCAGCUCAAAGAAGACUCCCUAUGAGGAGCAGCUGCAUCGCUGUGAGGACGAACGAUUUGAGUUGGAUGUUGUCUUGGAAACCAAUCUGGCCACAAUACGCGUGUUGGAGAGUGUUCAGAAAAAGCUGUCUCGGAUGUCUCAAGAGGACCAGGAGAAAUUCCGAUUGGAUGAUUGCUUGGGAGGAACGUCGGAAGUGAUCCAGCGCAGAGCCAUCUACCGUAUCUACGGUGAUAAAGCACCAGAAAUCAUUGAGAGUCUUAAGAAAAAUCCGGUUACUGCUGUUCCCGUAGUUUUAAAAAGGUUGAAAGCAAAAGAGGAGGAAUGGCGGGAAGCCCAGCAGGGCUUCAACAAGAUCUGGCGGGAGCAGUAUGAGAAGGCGUACUUAAAGUCCCUUGACCACCAGGCUGUCAACUUUAAACAAAAUGACACCAAAGCCCUGCGCUCCAAGAGCUUGCUGAAUGAGAUUGAGAGCGUCUACGAUGAGCACCAGGAGCAGCAUUCAGAGGGGAGAGGUGCCACCACGAACGAGCCUCACCUCAUCUUCAUCUAUGAGGAUAAACAGAUUCUAGAAGAUGCGGCUUCGCUCAUUAGCUACUAUGGGAAACGACAGCCCACUAUCCAGAAGGAAGAUCAGGCCACCAUUCGGCAAAUAGUGCAUCACUUUGUACCGCAGCUGUUUUUCUCUCCGCUCCCGGACCACAGUAUUUCUGAAGAGUCGACUGAUGAGGACCGAGAAAACCAUCAGGGACAGAACCUGGAUGCUCCUGAGCUACGAAAGAAACAUGUGCCUGGGCCUCCAAGCAGCCCUCUGGAGGAGAAAGCUGGCUUCUGUGACGCCGCUGCUGCUGAGCCUCACAAAACUCUGGACGACGUUUAUAGUCUGUUCUUUGCCAAUAAUAAUUGGUAUUUCUUCCUCCGCCUUCACCAGACUCUCUGCUCCAGGCUCUUAAAGAUUUAUCGUCAGGCUCAGAAGCAGCUUCUAGAGUAUCGGACUGAAAAGGAGAGGGAAAAACUCCUCUGUGAGGGAAGGAAAGAAAAGUCCAAUGAUCCAGCCAUGGAACUGAGAUUGAAACAACCAAGUGAGGUGGAGUUGGAGGAAUACUACCCAGCAUUCUUGGAUAUGGUGAGAAGUUUGCUGGAUGGGAACAUUGACCCCACGCAGUACGAGGAUACUCUGAGGGAGAUGUUCACUAUCCACGCCUACAUCGGCUUCACCAUGGACAAGCUGGUGCAGAAUAUUGUCCGCCAGCUUCACCAUCUUGUGAGUGAUGAUAUCUGCCUGAAGGUUGUAGAGCUCUACUUAAGUGAAAGAAAGCGAGGUGCUGCUGGAGGCAACCUAUCCUCCAGGUGUGUCCGGGCAGCCAAGGAGACCAGCUAUCAGUGGAAGGCUGAGCGCUGCAUGGCAGAUGAGAACUGCUUCAAGGUAAUGUUUCUUCAGAGGAAAGGGCAGGUGAUCAUGACCAUCGAGCUACUAGACACAGAAGAAACCCAAACAGAAGACCCUAUGGAGGUUCAGCACUUGGCUAACUACAUGGAACAGUACGUUGGGGUGGAGGGCGUCCCAAACAACCAGAACGAUGGCUUCUUACUGAAACCGGUCUUUCUGCAAAGGAACCUUAAAAAAUUCCGCAAGUGGCAAUGCAAGCAAGUGAGAGCUCUACGGAGUGAAGUGAAGAGUUCCUGGAAGAGGCUGAUCGGGGUGGAGAGUGCAUGCAACAUGGACUGCAGGUUCAGGCUCAACACCCACAAAAUGAUGUUCAUCAUGAACUCUGAGGAUUACAUGUACAGGCGUGGUACUCUCUCCCGAGCCAAGCAGGUGCAGCCCAUGGUUCUGCUCAAGCACCACCAGCAGUUUGAAGAGUGGCACAGCAGGUGGCUAGAAGAGAAUGUUACAGUGGAGGCAGCAGAACUGGUUCAAGACUGGCUCAUGGGCGAUGAGGACGAGGACAUGGUCCCAUGCAAAACAACUUGUGAGACGGUGAAUGUCCAUGGGGUCCCCGUGAAUAGAUACAGAGUCCAGUACAGUCGCCGUCCAGCCUCACCAUGAGCAGAGACUCGUCCCCGUGACCAUGCCAAGCAGGAGCUUUGCCGGCAAAACACUUUUACUCUGAGACUAGUGGUGGGAAUGCAAUGUAUGUAUUAAUGAUAUUUAUCCAAACAGCAUUUUACUUUGGGUUAUGAUGUAUUUUCCAUAUGGCAUAGAACUGUCUCCUCGCAGUGUAAUCCUCCAGGCUAUGUCCUCGUGAAGAGAGCUAAAGCCAUUCCCGGAAGAGGGCUCUUAGCAUUGCCACUCUGUACGGUAGCUUUCUAGCGUCAGCCUACCACAAGUCAGCCGGCGCGGGAAAGGCCGAGCAAGGUGGGCUGGCUACUUGGGGGGUGCCAAGUGCUCAGCUCCAGAAGGGCUGCCAAUGGCUGCUGCGUUGGAGGGACAGGCCACGCUGGCCUGGCUGCUUGCAGGGUGGCUGAGGGGGCUGCAUGCUCUAGCCAGUGUAGAGCAUGAUGGGGGCUAGAGCGGACACUGGCAGCUGCUUCCUCUUUUUGAAGUGUUUGAUGUUUCAUGUCCCUCUGCAUUUCAUGCCAUGCCUCAGUCUGCAGAACUUCUUAAUAGAACCCCUCAGGGCCAGUGGGCCCGGAGCACUCGGCACAGAUCACUGGCUUUGCCAUGGGUGCGGGUACUCAAUUGCGUUAUCAGUUCAGACGAACGAGGCUAUGAAUGCCGCGUGCAUUACUGCUGCUGUGGUGAGGAAAUGCCAAAUCUCGAGGCAUCGAGGGAAAUGAGACUCUCGACUUUUAAAACAGCUAGAUUGGCGAAGGGUUUCAGAACAGGUGCUAAUCAGAAAUGGCUCCGUGGGCUGCAUUGCUGAGCAAGUGAGCCCAGGCACAUUCUCUGCCUCUGCAGAGAAUUCUGUAUUGGAUCCCCUGUCAAUCUUUAUAAAACUGUGUCAUGCUGCAAUAUCCUGCCUUCUCAUUUCAGGAACUGCUUGAAGCUGGAAUAAAAUCCAUGAGGAGGUCUGGGUUUUUUGUUUGUGUUUUGCAUGCUGAUUGACAGCCUCUGGAGACUGUAUGUUGCAGACACAUAUCUUAGUACUGCUGGGAUAAUAACACUUACAAAGUGGAUCAGUAGAUGGAGCUCUUAAAGCAUGUUUGCAUUGGCUUGGAGGGUUUCCUAGAUGCUGCUCUUUUGCUGAUGUCUGUACAGAUGCUCUCUUUUGCAGUGACGCACAGAAAUGUGUAUUCCGAGGAGGAUUCUGUCCAGGCUUAAGCAGUGUAGACAAGCUAUUCCAUUGACACUUUCUGCACCUCCUCCUGAACUCUGCCCCCCCACCCCAAAAAAAACAACCACCCACCCACCAUGCUCCGAACCACACAGAACUCUACAUUCGUCUUCUGACUUAAACCUAGCAAAAGGACCAGAAAGUUCAGAGUCAAGGCAGCCCUGCAGCCCCAUCCUCAGUUCACUUGUGUAUUGCAGGAGCCUGGGAAUAGCACAUAAUCCUGUGUAAAAUACGUGGUGUCAUGAGGCAAAUCUAGCUUCUUUUCAGCCCUGACUCCAAGGUCUCCUGGCCUUUGUGGGGGAAUUGGACCCCCUAAUGUGUUUGUUUCUGUGGUUUGGUUUUUAUGGUUAUAAUUUCUGCUGGACCCAAGUAGCAGCCUAUGGGAGUCGUGCUGUGUUUACCCCACUGUACUGCAUUUGGUUUUGCAGUUGUCUCACUUGACAGCAGAAGAAAUGGGCCAUUUGUGCACAUUUGACCUAAACCUGUACCAGUUGUUUCUUUUUUGCAAGAUAAUCUGUGACCGUUUGGCAUUUGUGCCCACAUGCACAUCCAUUGCCAGCAGUGCGCUUUGUACCAUGAACCCAGAUUCUCAUUGUCCAGGGCUCAGCUGAUGCCAGUGGCAGAAAUGAUAUGAAGGUUUUUUUCAAAGCCCUUGACUUGUUUUAGGUAAGGGAUGGAGCUCUGUAAGAGGUUAGGAUAGAUCUGACUAGUGCAACAUCCUCUUUUCCUCUACACAGCUCUACAAAUGCACCUCAGUCCUGUUCAACACUCUGCUGUCUCAAGCAGAGAUGACCAACUGUGCCAAAUUUUGUUAUGGUUUUGUGAUACAGACAAAUGUUUACUAGAAAGUAGCUUGCAACUUGUGGCUUAAAAUGCAAUUGAUUCUAAGUCUCCCAGGGUGCGUAAGGCUAAUACACGCAUGGACCCUGGUCAGUCUCCCCAACAUUUUUAAGUGUACUUCAGGUAUUUUUAAGCAUCCUUAUUUUGUAAACCUUAAUUUAUAAUCUGAAUGGAUUAAGUGAGAAUUUCAUCCUUUACAGCACUAUUGUCUCAAAUGUGAUAGUAGCAAAUGAUGUGAAUGAAACAAGUGGGUGGUGCCAAUGUGUUUGAGAGCGGCCUGCUAACAUUUGAGAUUUCAGCAUUUGAAGGCUGUCUAUCUUCUAGCAUGAAAUUGAUUAAAGAAAGUUUGUUCUUCCAUUUUUUUGAAGGAUCUUUGCUUUGGGGCUUGUAAUUGCUUUGCCAGCUCUUUGAAUGUAGUUUUUUUAAUAUUUAUUUGCACAUUCAAGUAAAAUAAAAUAUUGAUUUUAAAAGUCA